UCGAAUGCACCGAUGACGAUGAUGGGCCGGGUUUGUUGUUUAUUUUGGUUUGCCGCACAUUCGGCGCCAUUUUCGUAUUCGGAUAGUUUAAAUAGCCGCCGCGCGGUGGUGCGACACAGACAGCUCAGGUCUGCGCUUUUCAAUUGCGUGGCUACCAUGACAACAGAGGCAAGUGCCGUAAGCGAGGCGGACACUGAAGGCAAGCAGAAGGCUAGCGCCGCUGAACCUGAACCUGAACCUGAGACCAAGCAGAGUCCAGAGGCAACAGCAUCAGAGCCAGAGGGGGAACAGUCGAGCAAGAAGGCACAGGGACAGGCCGCUGAGCCUGCCUCUGCUGAUGCAGCGUCCUCCCCUGAAGAGGAGCAGCUGAAGCCUCGCACCAGAACCUCUGCUGGCAAGGGCCUCUCUCGCCUCUUUUCCUCUUUCCUUAAACGCCGCUCGCAGUGCUCAGAAGGAGAGGGCUUUGAGGCAGAGAAAGCAAGGGAGGACAAGGAGGACAAAGAAGAACAGGCUGGUAAAGUGGAAGAAGAAAAAGAAGAGAAAGUGAAAACUGAAGAGAAGGAUGCGCUCCCAGACGAGACAGCAGAUUCGAAGGAGGUAAAACCAAGUGAAGAGACACAACAAAAAGAGGAAAAAAAGACUGAGCCAGAUAAAAUACAGAAGAAGGGUAGUAAGAAGAAAAAGAAAGACGCCAAGAAGAAAAUAGAGGAGAAGGAUGCAGAGACGGUGAAAACCGCAGAGGAGAAAAAGGAAGAGGAGCAGGACAAGACGAAAGCGGAGGAGAAGAAAGAGGAGCAAAAAGAAGAGGCCAAGGUUGAGGAAACUGUAGAAAAAAAAGAAGAAAAAGUCGACACAAAAGAGGAGAAAAGGACAGAAGAUAAAUGCACGGAAACUGAUCCCGAAAAGGAGAUUAUAGAGGAGGAGAAAGUUGACAAAAGGUUAGCAAAGAAAAAAGAAAAAGAGGAAAGGGUGAAGAAAAAGGAAGAAGAAAAAGCAAAGAAAAAAGCAGUGGAAGAAGAAAAGGCAAAGAAGAAGGAGGAGGAGAAAGAGAAGAAGAGAGAGGAGGAGAAGGCAAAAGAGGCAGAAAAAGCAAAGAAGAAGGAAGAGGAGAAGGCUAAAAAGAAGGAGGAGGAGGAGAAGGAAAAGAAGGAGAAAUUAAAAAAGAAAGAGGAGGAAAAAUUGAAGGAGGCCAAAAAGAAAGAGGAGGAAAAAUUAAAGGAGGACAAAAAGAAAGAAGAGGAAACAUUGAAGGAGGCCAAAAGGAAAGAGGAGGACGCAUCGAAGGAGACCAAAAGGAAAGCGGCGGAAACAUUGAAGGAGGCCAAAAAGAAAGAGGAGGAAACAUUGAAAGAGGCCAAAAGGAAAGAGGAGAAAUCAAAACAGGUAAAAAAGAAAGACGAGGACAAAUCAAAAGAGCCCAAAAAGAAGGAAGAGGAGAAAGGGAAGAAGAAGGCAGAGGAUAAACAGGAAGAAGACAAAGGGAAGAAAAAAGAAAAGGUGAAAAAAGGAAAGCAGGAAGAGCAAAAGGGGUCAAGUGAGGCGCGGGUGAAAGCACCAAUUGCUGCCCCAGAACCCGAACUUAAAACGGAGCCAGAAACCGAACAAGCUCCUGAUCAGCACUCACUCAGCAGCGCCGAGAUGCAGCCAGCUUCAGAGGAGCCCAAGGAAGAAGCUGCAAUCAAGGAGGAGCCCCAAGUAGCGGAAGAGGAGGCGAGUGUGCAGAAAAAAGAGGCAGAAACCGAAGCAGAGCAGAUGGAAGCAAAGGGAGAUGAGGAGCCCAACGAAGAAAAACCUGCGAAAGAAAAGAAAACCGAGAAGAAGGGUGACGAUGCCAAAGGCUCCAAACGACUGAAAACAAUCCAGUGCAAAGUCACUCUGCUGGAUGACACUCAGUAUGAGUGUCAAUUGGACAAACAUGCGAAAGGACAGGAGCUCAUCACAAAAGUUUGUGAGAACCUCAACCUACUGGAGAAAGAUUACUUCGGCCUUGCUCACUGGGAAACACCAACCAGCAAGACAUGGCUGGAACCCGCCAAGGAAAUCCGAAAACAGGUGCCAGGUGCUGUCUAUGAGUUUACUUUCAACAUUAAGUUCUAUCCUCCUGACCCGGCACAGCUUACUGAAGACCUCACAAGGUACUAUCUGUGUCUCCAGCUGAGAAAGGAUAUCAUGACUGGGGUUCUUCCAUGUUCCUUUGUCACCCUCUCCCUGCUGGGCUCUUACACAGCACAGUCAGAGCUUGGUGAUUAUGACCCAGAAGUCCAUGGAGCUGACUAUGUGAAAGAUCUCAGUCUUGCUCCUGGACAAAGUAAAGAGCUGGAGGCAAAGGUGAUGGAGUUACAUCGGACAUAUAGGUCAAUGACUCCAGCCCAAGCUGACAUGCUGUUCUUGGAAAAUGCCAAGAAACUUGCAAUGUAUGGUGUGGACAUUCACCAAGCCAAGGAUCUUGAUGGUGUUGACAUUACACUUGGAGUUUGCUCUGGUGGCCUGAUGGUUUAUAAGGACAAGUUGAGAAUCAACCGGUUCCCUUGGCCAAAAGUUCUCAAGAUCUCUUACAAGCGCAGCAGCUUCUUCAUUAAGAUCCGUCCAUCUGAGCAAGAGCAGUAUGAAAGCACAAUCGGCUUCAGACUACCAAACUACAAAGCCUCGAAGAAGUUGUGGAAAGUUUGCGUUGAACAUCACACCUUCUUCAGGGUAUCAACAACUGAGCCUCCCUCGUCACGUCGCUUCCUCGUCCUGGGCUCCAAGUUCAGGUACAGCGGGCGCACCCAGGCACAGACCCGUCAAGCCAGCUCCAUGAUCGACCGCCCUGCCCCUCGCUUCACACGCUCUGCAAGCAAACGCCUCUCCCGUAAUUUAGAUGGAGCUGGAGAGAAGACUCUCCAGAGCCUCACAGCAUCAACCAGGUGUGAGGUUGAUGACUGGUCAUCAUUGCUUGUUUCUGAAAAGCCCCACCCUUUCCUUGAAUUUCCAGCCAGAGGUGAGUCUGAACAGACAAUUAUUCAGUCCUGGAAUACUCAGGCAGGCAGUCGGCCGUGGUGGGAGCUUUCGUAUGAUGCAGAGCUACAGACAAGAAAAGAAGACGACUGGGCUACCCUGGUUGAACGAGAUCCUCCUUUUCCCUUUUCCCCAUCUUUUGAGUUUGUAAAAGGGCCAGCUAACAUCAGCUUGGCAAACAUGAGCUUUAUUGACAGGCUAUUGCAACCAGCACAGGAACGACACCAUGAUUGGUUCCUCUACUUUGAUCGAAGCUCCAGCUUGUCCUUGUAUAAGCAUGUCGAUAAACCUCAGCGUGAGUCACUGUGUGAUGCCCAGCUCCAGGUGAAGGAUGAGGAGACAGAGUGUGUCAAAGGGCAAGAAUUGACAGAUGAGGAGGUCAAUGAGAGGCUAGAGGAGAUGGUGAUGAUAGUGGAGAAGCUAGAAGAGAUGGAGGAGUUGGAGAGGAAGCUGAAGAAAGUUAGAGUUUUAGAAGAGAGGCUACAAGAAGUAGAAGAAAUGUCAGGUAGGAUCCAAGAAGUGAUUGAAGAGGAAUUAGGGGAACAAGAAGUUGCCAAACUAGAGGAGGAGGAACUACAGAAGGAAAGUAAAGCCAUAACUCGGAUGGUCUUGAAAAAUUCUGUGAGGAUUGUGAGGAACACGAAUGAGGGUGAUGAGCACGAUGAGUUAGAGGAGCAAAUAAAAGAGGUGUUUCUAAAGGGCCUUUUGCCCGAGGAAGACGAUGCUCAAAAAGGAAAAGAUGAACAUGUGUUUGAUUAUAGUCUCAGAGAGAAGCUACGUCAGAUAGAAGAAGAAUGGAAAGAUGAGGUGGAAGAGAAGUUAAUUUUUCCACCUGUCAAUACCUCUUCUCAGGUAGCUUAUCAGACGGUGGUGAGCACUAAGAAGAGAGUUACUUUUAUGGAUCAGAGCCCACAGAGGCUUGAUGCUAUGGAAGAUAGGCUUCUAAAGAUAAUCUCAGAAAAGACUUUCCAAAAUGGUGAGAUAUGGCUGAAGACAGAAAUAUUGGAGGAGAGAGCUGAGAGGGAAGUUACUGAGGUUGAAAGUGGAUCUUCACCAGACAACGACAAGGAUACGUGGUCCCUGCUUUUUGACCGUCUGCCAUACGCACCUGUUAUCAAACCUUCAGUUACAUCAGUGAAGCAUGGUGCGUUGGAUGAGGGGGAGUUUUUCACCUCAAAAUCGGGGGUUACAGCAGUUGAGGAUAAAAGGGUCCGACUAGAAGAACGACCAGUGGAAGACAUUCCACCGCCACAGACCUUUCUAGAAAGAGAAGAUGACUGGUUUGUGUUGCUGGAUUAUGUUCCCAGAUUUUUCAAACCAGUGACCUUGAAGGAAGCAGGCCAGAUGGAGGCAGAAAGUUUGGUCUGUCUGGUUGAAAAGCAUGAGGAGUUUAGGGAGGUGAAACUUGAAGAGACAGAGAUGAGGAAAGAGGCACCAACAUAUCUUCAAGAAAGCCAACAACAGCCGGUGAAAGAACGAGACGAUGACUGGUUUGUGUUGCUGGAUGUUUUUUCCAAAGAAACGGCGUAUGUAGCUCCAGGCUCUACAGGUUUGUAUCUUGUAGCUGCUGUUGUGUCCGCUGAAGAAGAUGCCUCUUUAACUGACGUGAUAGUUGAAAUGAGGGACGAGCCCGAGGAUGUAUUAGUUAAAGAGACGGAAAUCAAAGAGGACCUGAGCCAAAAUGAAGUCACAAUGCUGUCACAAAGUUUCAGAGAAAUAGACGACGAUUGGUUUUUACUGCUGGACGUUCCCACCAGAGAGCUCCAGUUUGUACCUCCAGUGACCCAUGCCGGGUAUGCUCAGACUUAUGCUGAAAAAGGCAUUUCUACUCUGGUUGAAGAAAGAGUGGAGGUUGUAGUAGAAGAGAUGACGCGAAAACAAGAGGCUUCUCAAAACACUGAUCCAGAGCUGAAAAUAUUCCCGACAGUCUUAAACAGAGAUGAUGACUGGUUUCUGCUGCUGGAUGUUGUUCCCCGAGAAAGGGCCUUUGUGCCCCCAGCAACUAAGAUCUAUCCAGAUACUGGGCCCAUGAUUGAAGCGAAAGGCAUAGAGCCGACACCGCUACCGGUUGGUUUGGACCAAAUGAGAGCGUGCCCAUCGCGACCACAGCCAGAGAAAGAUGAUGACUGGUUUGUGGCAUUUGAUGCCGUUCGUGAUGAGGUGUUUAUACGACUAGCAGACGCCCCUGUUGAAAUAACUCCAGUUGUGAGGAAGCCCUUUGAGGCUGAGGCGUUCACCACUGGGACUCGAACAUGGGAGGUGAUGGUAACUGGUGACAACACCAGGCUUGUUGAGACACGGAUUACAGAAAUGAGGCCACUUGUACCAACAUCAGGGAGAGAAGGAGAGGACGAUUGGUUUGAAGUGUUCGAAAAACAAACCAUCCUAGAAAAGACAGCUCCUGUACCAUCAGCUGCUGUGGUUGAGCAUCUCGUGGAUGACACCGCAGUUAGAGCAUCAACACAAAAAUCCAGCAGAGAAGUGAGGCUGCCAGUGAAGUUAGUUGAAAUUAAACCACAACCACGACAGUUGGAUGAUGACUGGUUUGUGAUAUUAGAUGCAGUAAAAGUACCAGUGGCUGAACCUGUCCAAAGGUAUCCUGAUGUAGCUGCACCCAAAGCUUGGUUAGUCAUAGAGCAGAAGCCACUGCAGAGAAUUACUGCAGGAGAGCAAAUGUGGACGCAAGAGAUGUUGCAUCAGCAACCAUUUCAAACGCGGACAAAGAUGGUGGAUGAUUGGUUUACUCUUCUAGAUGUGGUUCCUAGGAAAAAAGCCGCCGUCCCUGAGCGCCUCAGAUUCCCGGCAGAAGUUCCAAGAGUGAUAAGCUCUGAGACCAAAACAAAGAUUUCUCUUUCUGAGAGACCCCAGUUUGAAAAACAGAUCCAGGAAGAAAGACGGCUCCUCAAACAUACUCAUGUCCAUGACGAUUGGUUUGUUCUACUCGACUUUGCCCCCAGAAAGCCAGAAACUCGCAGAAAGAUAUUGAGGCAAGAGCAAUUGGUGACCACACAGAGAAGCACCCGUCCUGUCAGCGCUCCAGUCUUCUCCCAAGCCGCUUUGGCAGAAGCUGGAAUUCCAAUGGCACCGUUGGAGCAACCACAGACCUCCACUCCCAUCAGGACAGGAAUCAAAGAGGAAGGGAAACUUGAGGUCACUUUAGAAGUUGUUGAGCCAUCAAGAACUGAGGACAAGUCAGCAGUAUGGACUGACCAGAGAACUGACACCUCACUGACACUUUCCAUCAAUGGGGACAUUCAGUCUGAGGUGACGAGCAGAGAGGUGGUGCAGUUGAGAAAGAAAAGGGCUAAGAAAAUUGAGGGUGACUCAAUUUAUAUGAGGCAUAGCCUUUUAAUGUUGGAGGAGUUUGAUAAGCCUCAUGAGGACCUGCUCAGGCAUCACGCCAGUAUCAGCGAGCUGAAGAGGAACUUCAUGGAAGCUGUGCCAGACUCCAGGCCCAGUGAAUGGGACAAGCGUCUGUCCACCCACUCACCAUUACGUACUCUGGGUGUCAAUGGUCAGCCCGGUGCAGAUGGGUUUGUCACCCGCCUCCCGCGCGGCCCCCUGCUCGACUUCUACUCCAAACGCAGCUGAGGGGCCGUCUGGACUCUGUGGAAAUCCCACACAGGCGUGAGUGUGACCUGCGGAGAGAGAACCCAAUCACCUUGCCAUCUCUCUUUCUCUUCUCCGUCCCUCCACCUACUCUCUCACAUCACUUGUAGCAUUCCUCAUUUCUCAUCCUCCCACUCGAGAAGACAUCUUUUUUCCCCCUCUCCUUCGUGGAACAAGAUUAUUACCUUUUCUGUUUCUUAACACGCUAUUUCCAAACAGACUGAUUAGAACUAGAAUUGAAUCCAACAUUGUUUUACAUCUUCUCUGACUUUCUGUUGGACUCAAACGGAUUUUUGUUUGACAUCUUAUUGCCUCUCCAACCGACUAUUAUUCACAUUGCAAAAGAAAGACAUAUUUAUUGAAAUCAGCCAAUAGUUCUGGUGUAUUGAGACAUUCAUCAAAAUCUUUGUCAUUGUUUCUGUGAUGAGAAUCCACAAGGCAGCUAUAUUGUAAUACUCAACCUUUUUGUUUUCCGCGUGUUGGUCAAGGCAGUAAAAUAGCAACUGCAUGAGUCUUCGUGCAUGACCAAAGAAUAAAAACAUUCCAUUUACACGUCACCUAUUGUGUAUUCAUGCAUUCUGAAUUUUUUAUGGGUGCAUUUUAUCAUGUGUCAAAAUAUUUAUUGAAAUUUAAUUGGUGUAUAAAAAAUAAUUCCCAUGUUAGUGAAAGUUUAAAAAAAAGAAACCUUUGCUACAUUCUGUAUAAUUACAGAACAUGUAAAUCAUACUGCCAAACAUGGAGUAACGCAUCUCUUUCAUCGUCAAGGUAGAUUGAUGUCUGAUGUAAGCAACCAAGUAGUAACUUAAAGGGUACCUCCGACCGCUCAUUUUGAGGAAUUAAUGGGGAAGCAACACACCAUUGUAAAGUUUAAUAAAUAUCUGCUGUUCCCAUCUUUUUGUCUAGUCUUAUAUUUGUCAAAACGGCAAGACCGCAAUCGCUCUGGUUAAUUUUAAUGCAAGGCGCCAUAGUAGGAAUGGAUGUGACGUCACGUCGUCGAUUGGGCCUCUGCUUGCCAGUAGCUAUUGAGUGAUACACUAGAUUGUUGCUGUUGUUUUUGUCAUAUACUUUGUAGUACUUUGAGGCUGGACUCGUACUUCAAAUCCGUGAUCGCUGUUCGUUAAUUUAACCACCGAAUCCUAGAUCCAUACGAAUGCGUUACUAAUGUUAAUUUCCCUGAAAAACACAUUAUAAUCCAAAACAAAGUAAAGUAAGAAUUUUUAUAAUGCUUUAUAUACACCAUAUAUUGUAUAAAACGCUUGCCAAAGCCUCAAAUUCAUUUUUUGGAACACAUUUAGAGUACACAUGCGUGUUAACGGCAACCCAGCAUCAACCGUAGUUUAAAAUAGUUACAGUAAUUUAACCACCAAUACCGUGUGCCGUACACCAUCGAAUGGCAGAACCUAGGGUGUUCUUCCAACCAUCCAACAAUCUAUUCGCUGAAGCGCGUACCCUUUUGGACUAAUUUUAAAUCCAUCAGCUUGUCAUACGGGGUGCUAGCUAGUGUUAAGAUGUGUCAGCCAGUCUAUUUUUGUGUCCUCUCCGGCAUGCAAGUUGCAAAACUCCCUUUGUCUGCCGCUGUGACGGCGCAAGGCAAGCAAUGAAGUAACAAAGACAAAGGCGUUAAUAAGCAGGGGUCACUGUCUAGCUGAGCUUCAUUGACAACUUAACAGUUGACUUUAAUGCUUGAUAGCCACCCAUAUGCUGUAUUCCUACACACAAGCAGUUCUGUAUUUUGUUCUCCAAUUUAGCAGGGCUUCAGGGGCGCAUGCGUUUUUCCCACAUUAAUGCGCCGCACAUACGCAUGAGAACUGUGUGUGUGUGUGUGUGUUUGUGUGAGAUGUGAUUCAAAUCUGGUUAACUAAUUCGGCGGUUCAUUUGUAGCAGCCAAAACGCUACUCAGUUCGUGUCACCACCAAUUUGUGUGUAUCGCUACCGCAUUGUUUUUUUCGCCUAUUAUUGAGACAUCCAUGUGCUUUGAAUUCCGCCAUGAUAGCUUUUAGACCAGAAUCCUGUGCGAGCAGAUACUGCCAAAGGCAGCCAAUAUCGAUCCAGAUUCGCCUUUCAACGAUGCUACAUCACAGCUCCGCUUCCUGCAGACCAAGAAGGAGCAAGUAUGUCUGCAUUUGUUAACUGCCAUGGCCUCUCCGACAAAUAGGUCCCCCAAGCUAUGAUAAGCUUGCUUUAAUACAACCAGUGUUACCAAAACGCCUUUGGGUGCAAUUUUCAUUUUGCCAUCUGACAAUCACAGGUACCCUUUAAGUUUUUUGUUUGUUUGUUUUUUAAACUACCCGUGGUCUUGUGUAGUUUACCGUAUAUCCUCAAAUAGUGACCACUGCUCUAAUAGAAGGCCAUGUUUCAAUACACCAGACAUAAGCAUAAUCUUCUUGAACACAAACACUGUGCUUCAUGUGUCUUUUUUUUCCUUUUCUGGAAAAAAAUACGAGGUGAUGCCAUAAGAACCGUAUUUUCCGCACUGUAAGGCGCUUCGGAGUAUCAGAAGCACCUUCAAUGAAUGGCCUAUUUUAUUUUAAGACUUUUUUAUAUAUCUAGGGAUCACCACAUUAUAAGGUGCAUAGAAUAGAAGCUACAAUAGUGGCUGAGGUUGCGUUAUGCAGCCACUAGAUGGAGCUACGCUAAAGAGAAUAUAAUACAAUACAAUAAAUUCAGCUUUAUUUAUGUAGUGCUUUCACAACCGCUGCAGCUGUAACAAAGCGCUUCACAGAUCAUUUAAAAUACUACAUCCAAGAAAUCAGAAUAUUGAUCCAUACAUAAGACUCAUUGGCUUUUAAGGUGCACUGUCGGCUUUUGAGAAAAUUGAAUGUCUUUAGGUGCGCCCUAUAGUGUGGAAAAUACGGCACCUUAGUGUAGCCACAUUUCUAACAAGUGGAACAGUUUGUUUUAUGUACUACGGCUCCACCGCAUAUAUAAAGGCGCAAUACCAAUAGUUGUGACAUUUUUGCAGCAGUUCAGUGUGUAACUCGCCACUGAAUUCAAGAAAGACAAACACUCUGACUCUUGACUAUGGACAUCCUCUGUGAAAAUUAAACAUUAAGAUGGUUAAAAAACAUAGCUUUAUUUUCAAAACUACCAAAGAUACUUGUGUUACAAAGAAAUAAUUCACAGCUGCAGCUGUUGUGAAAAAUGCUAUAUAAAUAAAGCUGUAUUGUAUUGUAUGGGAAAAUACAAUCAACAAAAUGGAUGUCAAUGAGUAGGGAAGAGUUAUUCCCUCGUUGGAUUGCACCAAUCAACAGGCAUCGCUUUGUCAUGCCCGACCCAUUCGCAGCGCCUGAUCCUGUACUUUUGGGUAAAUAAUAAACCACUAUUUGAGGAAAUAUGGUACACAGAUAUAUGAUUGAUAAUAACAAUGACUAUGACUUCUUUGUACCAAUAUUAAUAAUAAUAAAACAUUUAAAUCUC